AUCUUCACCUAUUAGUACUUGUCGCUCUCGAAAGCCCUGUCGGUGCUGUAUUCUUUGAUCAAGCGAGUCCCUCCUCUCGUCGAACCGGUCUCUAGUCGCAUGCUUAACUAUUUAUCGGAGGAGGGUCUCGUAAGAGGCUCUCCUGGCCACUCCGACCCUGUUACCCCCGUGGACUACGUAGACUUUCUGUUUUCUAUGCGCUCCAACUAUCUUGCACUUUGUAGAACAGCUUUUGAAAAUAACGCCUACUUUAUUGCUGCCGUCGACAAGGCAUUUAGAGUUGUCAUUAACGCAACGAACGGAGAGCGACAUCUUUCUAAGAGCCCUGAACUCCUUGCAUUCUACUGCGACGCUUUUCUUAAGAAAUCAAGCAGAAACCCCGUUAAUUACGAUAUCGACGAAAAACUAAACAAAAUGGUCACACUCUUUGAAUAUCUUGAUGAGAAAGACGUCUUUCUGAAGUUUUACUCGCGUCUUUUGGCUAAACGGCUUAUCAACAGCACUUCGUCCUCUCUUGAGGCAGAAACCCAGAUGAUAAGUUCACUAAAACAAACGUGCGGGAAUGAUUAUACGGCCAAACUGGAAAGCAUGCUGACAGACAUUGGAACCUCUGAGAAGCUGAGCGUUGCCUUUCGGAAAUAUCUAUGCGACCACCGAGAAAACACUUUUGAUAACUUCCGCAUAGUGGUACUUGGCCGAGCAUCUUGGCCAAUAGCAGCCCAGCAACCGUUUCCCCAACCCCCUUCUGUCUUAAAGCAAGUUUUGCUUGCGUUUGAAAAAUUUUACGUCUCGCAACAUUCCGGGCGGAAACUGCAGUGGCUUCCUUAUCUAUCCAAGUGCGAGCUCCGAAUGAACUAUUUGCCCAGGCGUUACGAGGUGCAGUGCUCUUUCUACCAGAUGAGCAUACUUUUGCUGUUUAACUAUAAAGACACUGUAUCCAUUGAAGAGAUAGAGGUAAACACGUUGCUAAAGGGGGCCCUACUCGACAACACGCUGGCCACGUUAAUUAAUGCAAAAAUCUUAGCGUGGAGUGGUACUCCUGCACAAGUCGUCUUAAACAAACGCUUUUCUCGAGCGAGGGGCGGCGGCAAAUUUAAGUUACCUGCCUCCAUUGGAGAGACAGAGAACCAGAAAGACGCUUCCAAAGCUACUAUCGACGCCGUCAUUACUGACCGGCAAAUCUCCUUGCAGGCAACCAUCAUGCGUAUAAUGAAGACCCGCCGAAAAAUAGCUCAUCGGCAGCUCCUUAGUGAAGUUGCGUCCCAAACAUCUUUAAGGUUCAAACCGGCUAUAGCCAUGAUUAAAAAGUGCAUAGAAAGUCUUAUCGAUCAGCAGUACCUCGCCAGAGCGGCUGACUUCACCGACUGCUACGAGUACAUAUCGUAGUCGCUCUAUCACUCUAAACAUCCUAUCAACCUCACUUUCAAAUUUGCUACACUUUUAU